AUGGGAGUCGGAGAUCCUCUUCCACUUCCGCCGGAGAUUGCUUCCACUUCUUCCUCCGCCUCUGUCGUGAAUGCUUAUCGGUUGUCUGAUUCUCCGAUUCUCUUGUUCGUUUACUUCCACAAGGCUUUCCGUGCUCAGCUAGCGGAGCUCCACCGUCUUGCCGGCGAUGUUGUCUGGACCGGUUCCGAUCUGGCGGUGGAGCUCCGUCGUAAGUUUGAUUUUUUCAAGCUUGUCUAUAAGUAUCAUUCCGCAGCUGAAGAUGAGGUUAUCUUUUCAGCGCUCGACACUCGUGUGAAGAACAUUGCUUUUAAUUAUUCUCUUGAACAUGAUGCUACAGACGAUCUUUUCACUUCGGUUUUUCAUUGGUUACAUGUUCUUGAAGAGGAAAAAGGGAACAUUGCAGAUGUUCUUCGCGAAGUUGUGUUAUGUAUAGGCACCAUUCAGUCAUCUAUUUGUCAGCAUAUGCAUAAAGAAGAGCGUCAGGUGUUUCCUUUGUUAAUUGAGAACUUCUCCUCUCAAGAACAAGCAUUGUUAGUGUGGCAAUUCAUUUGUAGUGUUCCAGUGAUGGUGCUGGAAGAAAUUUUCCCAUGGAUGACAUCUUUACUCUCUCCAAAAGAGAAAUCUGAAGUCGAGAAUUGCAUGAAACAAGUUGUCCCAAAAGAAGUCUCCUUGCAACUGGUUAUGAACUCUUGGUUGAUUGACGAUAGUCGAUCUUCUUUUACGGCUCUUACAAAGAUCGUGAAAGGAGUCCAGUCUGUAGAAGUGUCUGAAAAUAUGAAGAACACAUCAUCAUCUCAGGAAGAUUCAUCGAGUGGAUUGUUUCAACGUUUUUGGCAGUGGAGUAAAAUGUCAUUUUCUAGUCCAAAUACAGGAAACACUCUGGUUCAUGGUAUUCGGCUUUGGCAUAAUGCAAUAAAAAGAGAUUUGGUAGACAUACAAAAAGGAUUAUGCCAAUUGAAAUUUCCAAGCCUUUCGUUGGACCUCAAUCUGCUCGUGGUUCGGCUAAACUUCCUUGCUGAUGUCCUUAUCUUUUAUGGCAAUGCAUUUAAGAAGUUCUUUUACCCAGUGUUUGAAGAAAUGAUGGAUCAACAACACUCUUCAACUUCCAGAUUCACCAUUGAUGACCAUGUGGAAAACUUCAAGAGGUCGCUAGACCUUGAAACUAGAAAAGGGAGUGACAAUUUUGUCGUAACGCUUCAGAGGAAACUGGAAUCCCUUAUAUUGACAGUAGCAAAGCAGUUUUCUGUUGAGGAAACAGAGGUAUUUCCAAUCAUCAGCAACAAUUGCAACAUUGAAAUGCAGAGGCAGCUCUUAUACAGAAGCCUCCAUGUCCUGCCUCUUGGAUUGCUCAAGUGUGUCGUAAUGUGGUUUUCUGCUCAGUUGUCAGAAGAUGAAUCUCAGUCAAUUAUACACUUCUUAAGUUUGGAAGAUUCUUUUUCAAACAAAUCUUUUGCAAACCUCUUGUUGCAGUGGUUUCGUUUCGGUUAUUCAGGCAAAACAUCAGUUGAAAGUUUCUGGAAUGAGCUGUCCUUUAUGUUCAAACCGAAAUCUCCCUUUGAAGAGGAACAACACACCGAAGAAGCUUCUGGAUCUUUCGCCAAUCAAUCACAUCUGCAAGGGAACAAAGAUAAGUCUUCAACAUGUUUCCAGUCAAUGCAUCUACAUGCUGGUUACAUGAAUGAGACGCCUUACUCGAGUGCAAUGAAUCAGCAAAUACUUAUUCCCGGAAAGCUCAAGCCUUUUCAACAGCUUCCGGGUUUUUUUGGUGACCCGGAAGCUGUUUAUGAUCACUUAAUGAAGGACUUGAAACCGAUUGAUCUGAUAUUCUUGUUCCAUAAAGCAAUGAAAAAAGAUCUAGACUACCUUGUAUCUGGUUCAGCUCGACUCGCAGCAGACUGUAGCUUCCUCGGGGAGUUUCAUCAGCGGUUUCAUCUGAUAAAGUUCUUGUAUCAGAUACAUUCAGAUGCAGAGGAUGAGAUUGCAUUUCCAGCUCUGGAGGCAAAAGGUAAACUACAAAACAUUAGUCAGUCAUACAGUAUAGAUCACGAACUUGAAGUCGAACACCUCGAUAAAGUAUCAUUCCUUCUAAACGAGAUGGCAGAAGUAUCUACUAUCAAUUCUAAUGUACUAGACCACAGGAAUUUGAAGUAUGAGAAGUUGUGUAUGAGCCUCCAAGAUGUAUGCAAAUCAAUUCAUAGGCUAUUGUCCGAGCAUCUCCACCGUGAAGAAACCGAGCUUUGGUGUUUAUUCAGAAACUGCUUCACUAUUGAAGAACAAGAAAAAAUCAUAGCAUGCAUGCUUGGAAGAAUGAGUGGAGAAAUACUGCAGGAUAUGAUUCCAUGGUUAAUGGAAUCUUUGGUCCCUGAUGAACAACAUGCUGUAAUGUCCUUGUGGCGUCAAGCAACAAGGAAAACUAUGUUUGGUGAAUGGUUAACAGAAUGGUACAAUAGUCAUGUUGUAAGGGAGGAAACAGUGGAAGCAAAUAAGGACCUAUCUGAGGAUGCAGAUCCACUAGAUGUUGUCUGGAAGUAUCUCUUUGAAGGAGCUGAUGAUGAAGACAGAGGAAGCAUUUGCAGCAAACCUCUGGAGUUUUUAGAGACAGAUUUAAAGGGUCUCAUGAAUAAGCCAAUUGGAAAGGAUGCUCACAAUAACAAGGUAGAAUUUGGCUACAAAGAAGAGAAACAUCGGGAAAUCUCGGAAAGUAAAAAGGUAUGUACAGGAGCUACUGAAGAAAGGAGGUACAACGAACAAACUGCUCAAGCUUUCCAAGUGUAUCAGAAAUCUAACCAAUCUAGCCAAAGAAGCAAAUAUGAGUGCCUAUUAUCAAUGAGUCAGGAGGAUGUGGAGGCUACAAUUAGAAGAAUAUCCCGUGACUCUUCCCUUGAUCCUCAGAAGAAAUCAUUUAUCAUGCAGAACUUGUUAAUGAGCCGUUGGAUUGCUACGCAGCGGAUACAUAAUCUCGAACCAUCCAUUAUCUCAAGCAAUAGGGAAGAAGUUCCUGGUCAGAAUCCAUCUUAUCGAGAUCCUCACAAACUAAUCUUUGGUUGCAAACACUACAAGAGGAGUUGCAAGCUUCUUGCUCCUUGUUGCAAUCAGCUCUUCACGUGUAUACGGUGCCAUGAUGAAGAGGCUGAUCACUCAGUGGAUAGGAAACAAAUCACAAAGAUGAUGUGCAUGAAGUGCUUGAUAAUUCAGCCAGUAGGUGCGACCUGCUCAAAUACUUCAUGCAACUGGUCAAUGGGAAAAUAUUACUGCAAAAUCUGCAAAUUGUUCGACGAUGAAAGGGAGAUCUAUCACUGUCCCUACUGUAAUCUCUGCCGGUUAGGGAAAGGAUUGGGAAUUGAGUACUUUCAUUGCAUGAAAUGCAAUGCUUGCAUGUCACGUCUGUUAAUAGAACAUGUAUGCAGAGAGAAGUGCUUAGAAGAUAAUUGCCCGAUUUGUCAUGAGUAUACCUUUACCUCGAAUUCUCCUGUGAAGGCUCUUCCAUGUGGUCAUGUGAUGCACUCAACAUGCUUUCAGGAGUAUACAUGUUCGCAUUACACAUGCCCUAUUUGUAGCAAGUCAUUAGGUGAUAUGCAGGUUUACUUUAGAAUGUUAGACGCACUGCUCGCAGAACAAAAGAUGCCGGAUGAAUACUCAAACCAAACUCAGGUAAUACUAUGUAAUGACUGUGGGAGAAAGGGAAAUGCUUCCUACCAUUGGCUCUAUCACAAAUGCUCUUCUUGUGCCUCCUACAACACAAGACUUGUCUAA